CACUUGACAUUCGUACACUGUUAACCUAACAAUUUCCAAUGCGAUAUGUGAUAUUUCCUCGAUUAUUUCGUUACAAUUUCCUAUAAACAAGUAAACCAAACCCUUUAAAAUGGUCGAAGAAGCCCUGCGUAAAAUCGUCCAGCAAAUAUUCACCAAUUGGACGGGCCUGAGGCUCGCAGUGGAACAUUCAAUGGGAGGCCCCAACAGCAAACAGGCCGCGAUCGAUUGCGUUAACGAAGUAACGCAGUAUUGCCUCGACGAUCCGAACAUCGACCAGGAAAGCCUCGAAGAUUUCCUCGAAGAUGUAAUGGACGAGAAAUUCGACACGAUAUUCGAAGAUGGUUCUCCCAAAGAAAUCGCGGCGUUGUUGUUGCGUUUCGUGCAACUUUUAAAAGAGAACAACGUUCAAGAAUGCGACGAGGAGUUUUCGAAGCUUCCAGUCGCCAAUACGGCUUGGUUAGAGGAGAGCAAAACGUCUAAUCAGGGAAAAUCCCAAGCACAAUCGGAUUCGUCGAGCGAUGAUGCAGAAAGUACCGACGUACCGAUGGAAGAUGACGGUUGGACGGUAGUACAAACUAAGAAAAAAAGAUAAUAUUAAAUCUAUAUUAAUCGA